AACUCUCAAGGACAGGCCACCAAGGAUGCCGGUGCCAUUGCCGGCCUCAAUGUCAUCCGCAUCAUCAAUGAGCCCACUGCUGCCGCCAUUGCCUAUGGCUUCAACUACAAAGCAGAGAAGAAGAAUGUGUUGGUCUUCGACUUAGGAGGUGGCACCUGUGACGUCUCCAUCCUGACAAUAUCAAAGGUUACCUUCGAGGUGAGGGCCACCGCUGGCGACACCCACCUUGGCGGGGAGGAUUUCGACAACCGCAUUGUUGCUCACUUUGCCAAAGAGUUCAAGCGCAAGUACAACAAGGACCUUUCUGAAAACCUGCGGGCCCUACGGAGGCUGAGGACAGCUUGCGAGAGGGCGAAGAGGGUUCUCUCGACCAAUACUAAGAAUAAUGUGGACGUUGAGUGUCUGCACGAGGGAAUUGACUUUCACUCUAGCAUUACCCCCGCUAAAUUCGAGGAUCUCAACAUGGACCUGUUCGAAAAAUGCGUCGAGCCUGUAGAGAGCUGCCUGAGAGAUGCUGGGGUGGAGAAGGCUGCCAUCCAUGAUGUCGUUCUGGUUGGAGGCUCGAGCAGGAUUCCCAAGGUUCAGAAGAUGCUGCAGUUUAUUUUCGAGGGAAAGGAGCUGUGCAGGAGCAUUAACCCAGAUGAGGCAGUUGCGUACGGUACCGCCGUGCAUGCAGCCGUCCUACGUGGCAUAGGGGACGACAAGGUGCGGGACCUCGUACUCCUCGAUGUGACCCCUCUCUCAUUAGGAGUGCACACUGUCGGGGAGGCCAUGUAUGUCGUGGUCCCGCGGAACACGACUGUCCCCACCCAGAAAGAGCGAACAUUGUACACAAAUGUAGAUAACCAGUCAUCUAUGAGACUCUCGGUCAACGAGGGCGAGCGGGCAAGGUCAACAGACAACAACCUGCUCACGCACAACUCUCAAAGACAAGCCACCAAGGAUGCCGGUGCCAUUGCCGGCCUCAAUGUCAUCCGCAUCAUCAAUGAGCCCACUACUGCCGCCAUUGCCUAUGGCCUCAACUACAAAGGAGAGAAGAAGAAUGUGUUGGUCUUCGACUUAGGCGGUGGCACCUGUGACGUCUCCAUCCUGACAAUAUCAAAGGGUACCUUCGAGGUGAGGGCCACCGCUGGCGACACCAACCUUGGCGGGGAGGAUUUCGACAACCGCAUUGUUGCUCACUUUGCCAAAGAGUUCAAGCGCAAAAAACCUGCAGGCCUACGGAGGCUGAGGACAGCUUGCGAGAGGGCGAAGAGGGUUCUCUCGACCAAUACUAAGACCAAUGUGGACGUUGAGUGUCUGCACGAGGGAAUUGACUUUCACUCUAGCAUUACCCGCGCUAAAUUCGAGGAUCUCAACAUGGACCUGUUCGAAAAAUGCACCGAGCCUGUAGAGAGCUGCCUGAGAGAUGUUGGGGUGGAGAAGGCUUCCAUCCAUGAUGUCGUUCUGGUUGGAGGCUCGAGCAGGAUUCCCAUGGUUCAGAAGAUGCUGCAGUUUAUUUUCGAGGGAAAGGAGCUGUGUAGGAGCAUUAACCCGGAUGAGGCUACAUCUAUGAGACUCCCGGUCUACGAGGGCGCACGGGCGAGGUCAACAGACAACAACCUGCUCGCGCAGUUCAUACUGAAGGGAAUUCCACCUACCCCGAGGCGCGUGCAAAUGGUGGACGUGUGCUUCAAAAUUGACGCCAACGGCAUACUCAGUGUAUCGGCAAAAGAGAGGUCGACGGGCAGAACAAACGGGAUCACUAUAACCAAUGAAGAAGGGAGGUUGUCGAAAGAGAAGAUUGAUAGGAUAGUGUGGGAUGCCGCGAGACACAGGGGGGAGGAUGAUGACUACAGGAGGAGGGUCAAUGCUAGGAACAGCCUCGAGGAUUAUGCUUAUGAAAUGAGGAACACAAUCAGUGCUGCAGCCGGGCUGGCGGCGGCCGAUAAGAAGAUGGUGGAGGAUGCGGCGGUGUCGAUUAUUCAGUGGGUGAGGGAGAUGAAUUGGAUGAAGGCCAGUGUCGAUGAGCUCAACCAUAGGAUGCGUGAGCUUAAGAGCAUUUGCUGGCCUAUCAUUAUUAAAAUUAUUGAUUUGGAGUCCGACUUCGAU